UCCAUUCUCUAUCUAGAAACCCCAGAGUUUGUGAAACUUUCUCUCUCUAGGUUAGCUUCAUCUCUCUCUCUGUAUAUGCGCGCGCGCGUGCGUAGAUUUGCCUGUGGGAUUCUGAUUUGAUAGCCAGAGAGAGCAUUUGGAUCCGAAAACUCCGAGUUUUGUUGUCUUUGGAUGUGAUUUUUCUUCCGCGUUGUUUUCUCUAUCCACGAAUCUGCAUUAUUUGAGCUCAGUGCUGUGCUACUCUCUUUCUCUCUCUAUACUUUGUUUGUAUCUGUGAAUCUAUACAUUGUAUCUCUAUAGGUGUGUCUCGCGUAGCUGGGUUUGGGAACCUAGCAUUUGGAUCCUGAGGGAUUUGGAUGUGUGUGUGAGGGAAACAGGGGAUCAGAUCGGCGAUGGCGGAGUUUUCGGGCGACGGAGGUGACUCGGCGCUGGCGACGGAGCAGGAUGCGGCGGCGCCGUCGCUGACGGUGUCGGCUUCUUUCAAGGAAAGCGGCGGAGGAAAAAAUUCGUCGAGGCGGAGGCCGGUGAGGCCAAGCUUCGACGCAGCCGCCGACAAUGACUUCAUCACUCUACUCCAUGGCUCGGAUCCAGUGAAGGUGGAGCUCAAUCGGCUCGAGAACGAAGUUAGAGACAAGGAUCGUGAAUUAGGCGAAGCACAUGCCGAGAUCAAAGCUGUGAGAUUAUCUGAGAGGCAGAGAGAGAAAGCUGUUGAAGAGCUCACUGAUGAACUUGCUAAGUUGGAGGAGAAGCUCAAGUUGACUGAAUCCCUUCUUGAAAGCAAAAAUCUAGAAAUCAAGAAAAUCAAUGAGGAAAAGAAGGCGUCAAUGGCUGCUCAGUUUGCUGCUGAAGCCACCUUAAGGAGGGUCCAUGCUGCUCAAAAGGAUGAUGACAUGCCUCCAAUUGAAGCCAUUCUUGCCCCAUUAGAAGCUGAACUUAAGCUUGCACGGCAGGAGAUUGGGAAGCUUCAAGAAGACAACAGGGCUUUGGAUCGUCUGACUAAACAGAAGGAAGCCGCCUUACUUGAUGCUGAGAGGACAGUUCAAGCUGCCCUGGCGAAAGCUGCCAUGGUCGAUGACCUUCAAAAUAAGAACCAAGAGUUGAUGAAACAAAUAGAAAUUUGUCAGGAAGAAAACAAAAUCCUAGACAAAAUGCACAGACAGAAGGUUGCUGAGGUUGAAAAACUUACCCAGACUGUACGGGAGCUGGAAGAGGCUGUUCUUGCUGGUGGUGCUGCUGCAAAUGCCGUGAGAGAUUACCAACGGAAAUUUCAAGAGAUGAAUGAAGAAAGAAAAACUCUUGAUCGGGAACUUGCACGUGCUAAGGUUACAGCAAAUAGAGUAGCCACUGUGGUGGCAAAUGAAUGGAAAGAUGGCAAUGAUAAAGUGAUGCCUGUGAAGCAAUGGCUUGAAGAAAGACGGUUUCUACAGGGAGAGAUGCAACAACUUCGUGAUAAGCUUGCCAUAGCAGAGCGAGCUGCUAAAUCUGAAGCACAACUAAAAGAAAAGUUUCAACUGCGGCUAAAAGUGCUAGAGGACACACUGAGAGGAACAUCAAGCAGCAGCACGAGGAUCACAUCCGAGGGAAGAAGCAUGAGCAACGGACCCUCUCGCAGGCAGUCACUCGGCAAUGUCCAAAAGCUUCCAUCCAAUGGCUUCUUGUCCAAGAAAACUCUGUCGAAACACUCCUCAUCUUCUAAUUCAACUUGUGUGUUGAAGAAUGCCAAAGGCACAUCUAAAUCGUUCGAUGGAGGCACAAGAUCCUUGGACAGAGGGAAAGCACUGUUAAAUGGACCCGGGUUUUAUUCCUUCAACAAGGCUGCUGAUGAAGUCAAGGGGGCAGAGUCUCAUCCCGAUGAGAAGCCACCGAGCGAGAGUGAAAACCCUUCACCAGUGACAGAGGACAGCGUCCCGGGUGUUUUGUAUGAUUUACUACAGAAGGAGGUCGUUGCCUUGAGGAAAUCUUCUCAUGAAAAAGAUCAAAGCCUCAAAGAUAAAGAUGAUGCCAUAGAGAUGUUGGCGAAGAAGGUGGAGACGUUGUCAAAGGCGAUGGAGGUCGAGGCGAAGAAGAUGAGACGGGAAGUAGCAGCGAUGGAGAAAGAGGUUGCGGCCAUUCGUGUGGAGAAAGGACAUGAGAACAGAGCCAAAAGGUUUGCAAAUACAAAGAGCCCAUCUAACAGUGCUCAGAUUCUUGCUGGAAGAGCUGCUGGAAGAAGCGGGCUAACGAGGAGUACCCAGUGAGGGAGAUUCAGCUCGUGGCAUAAAUGACAAUGAUUUAUUGUAUUAUCAUAUAACUUAAAAGCAUGUGAUGGUGAUCCCAUCCUCACCCUACGAAUCACCCCCCCCCCCCAAAAAAAAAAAGGAGCUGUGAAAGAGAAAGGAGAACCAAAAAAAAAGGAAGAAGAAGAGAAAUAGGAGUGGCACUGACGUAAAACGCUUGGGUUAGAACGGAGGAGGUUGACAUUUUGGCUAACAUUUUCAUCCCUUUGGGGUAAGUUUAGUAGUUGUCUGUUUGGUUUUUGUAUAGUGUCAUCUUUUGUAUGUCUUGUCUGCUCUCUCUCUCUCUCUCUCUCUCUCUCUCUCUCUCUGUAGAGAGAUUGAGAGAGAGAGAGAUUGAGAGAGAGAGAGAGGAGUUUGUGUUCUCUUUUUUUUUUGGGGCCACUCUUUGCGUAUUUGUUUUAUGCUGCGGGCGCGUGUGAUUAUCACUUUGUAUUUUCCUUUUUUGGGUUGUUGAUAUUUUCCCCUGUUUUUAAUUCCAUUUUGAUGUCUA